AGACCCCUACAGGUGAAAGGGAGAGAAUGUGGCCACAACUGAAGUAGCUGACAUCCUCAACCUGAUAGACUUUGUCCAAGAGGCAAAUGUCUACGGUGUUCAGGUACCAGGCAACGAGGGGAGGAUAGGAAUGGCUGCCGUCACGGUGAAGGGGGGAGAACAGUUUGAUGGCAACAAAACGUUCAGCCACGUAGCCAGCUACCUACCGGCGUAUGCACGGCCCCGCUUCAUACGCAUCCAGAAUGCGUUGGAGGUGACGGGGACCUUCAAGCAGAUGAAGGUGAGGUUAGUGGAGGAAGGUUUCGACCUGGCCAGCAUCACAGACCCUCUGUACAUCCUACAGGAGAGAAAUCAGAGUUACACACCAAUGACUGGCCAGGUCUACAGCGCCAUAGUGGCAGGCAUCAUCAAGCUGUGAACAGAUCUGUGGUGAUAAUACUCCUGGGUCCUAUUCAUUAGGGCAUGCAAUGGAAAACAUUUUAAAAAAUGUAUUACAACGGAAAACAGAAAUUAGCAUUACUUAGUCCCUCCUUGUUUUAGUCCACGCCAGCCCUCAUUCUUCAACUGCGGGAUCGUCUGAAACCAGCCACCCGGACAGCUAAUGAAACUUAGGAGUAUUUCUGUCUGUAAUAAAGCCCUUUUGUGUUGAAAAAUAAAUUCUGAUUGGCUGGGCCUGGCUCCCAAGUGGGUGGGCCUAUGCCUUCCUAGGCCCACCCAUGGCUGCGCCCCUGCCCAAU